CUGAGUUUCCGGUCAUUCCGGAAAUGGCGGUUUUUCAAAUAUUUUCACAGGCAGAACAGAGACGAUAUUAUGCUCAUGUAUGCUCAAAAGCAUCGAUUUUUAUGAUAUUUGUGAUUGCCCUGACAUUCAUCCCCCCAUUCUUCAUCGCCUAUCGAAGUUAUGGAUUCUGGUUGCGAGUGGACAACUAUGAAGAGCAGCCCCAGGUGCAGUUCAAGCAUCAAUUGCUUGUCACCAUGGAGACAUCAGACUCCUACAUCACCUGGAGUACAUUUCAGAACUAUAACCAGCUUCAGCAGGCCAACCUCCGAAUCCCUGUACUUCAGUCGCGUGAAGCAGACAACAAUGGUGACGGUGUCAGAGAUGAGCUGCAACUUAAGCUAGAGAUGCCAUUGCUGGACACAGAACACAUCCAGGCUGUUCAACUUAUACUCAUCUUUGACUACAUGUUGAGUAAAUUCUCCACAAUGCAGAUGGAAAGUAUGGGUUAUUUGAGGCAUGAGUCUAUAUUCCCUGGAGGUCAGCUUAAAGUUAUAGGAGAUCUGCUACUUGUACAAAGACAACCCUUGGCCCACAGAGGUCUGGAUACCAGAUUCAAUACAUCAAUAUUUGACAGGAACAGUUUAUUUCUGGAUGCAUUUGAUCUCAGCAAAGUCUUCACAGAGUACUCUAGCAGAAAUGUGACUACAUUGUUCCAGUACAAUUAUCCAAUAUGGAGUAAAGGCAGAGCAGCUGGAAGUCCCUUCACGCUACAAGCUACAGUCAGAUAUCCACUAACUACAGUACAAUACACUCCAGGUUUGUGGCAGCUCUUCAAAUGGGCCUGGAUCCAAUACUUUGCCAUACUGGUUGUCUUCAUCUUUGUCUUCAAUAGGAUCAAAGCAUUCGUCUACCAGAACCAACUUGUAACAACUAUAGUCAUUCCAGCCUUCAAAGAACACAAACUGUGAUGUACUACUUUUGUGUAGAGUGUACUUUAAAAUACUGACGCACAUUGUACCAAAAUCCAUUAUAAAGACAGGUUUGUUAGGGUUAGCCAAAUUGAUACCAUAUCUCAUACUUUUCAUAUGAUGCUUUUUUGAACAUAAUUAGCACCUGUCUCUAUCAGAAUUUGUUACUAAAUUUUGAAUUAUGCAUCAAGAGCUUGGUUUUGUGCUAGAAUGCACCUAUACACUGAUCACAAUUAUGGUAAUGGCCUGUAUGUUCAUUCAGAUAGAAAUCCAUUCCAAUAUAAAAAAUACAACUACUACUACUACUACAGUACAACUAGAGCUAAUCGUUACUAUGACUCAGUUAUAUGUGGUUCAUUUAAGACAAGAAUGUGUCCUUU